AUGCCCUCAUUGGGGAUGCUGCGAAAAUUCCCAGUCAACUCGCCAACCGCAGUGGUGUCGGUGAGCCCUAUCAUCAUCCCAGCACCAGAACGUAUCAUCGACCUUCAUGUACGUGUUUCGGCCCCCGUGACAGGAAACAACCUUCCAAUUGUCCUCUUGUCACAUGGGCAAGGCAUGUCGAACAAUCUGUCUUCCCUGAAUGGCUACGCACCAGUGGCCAAUUUCUGGGCGGCGCGUGGUUUCGUGGUUAUCCAACCCAACCACCUGAGCUCCAAGUCUUUGUCUCUGGGCCCUGAUGUCUCCCCCGAUGCUCCUCUGCACUACAGAUCUCGCGUGAUGGACAUGAAGAAGAUCCUCGACAAUCUGGAUGUGAUCGAGGCUGCGUUGCCUCAGCUUAAAGGCCGCCUGGACCACAGUCGCAUUGCCGUCGCCGGGCAUUCCAUGGGUGGCCAUACCGCGAGCAUGCUACUCGGUGCACGGCUGACGGACCCAAUAAGUGGCUCCGAGCUGAAUCUCACCGAGCCCCGCAUCAAAGCAGGCGUGCUCCUCGCUGCCCCAGGCGAUGGCCGGAACGGAGAGGGUCUCAGCGACUACGCGAAGACUCACAUGCGCUUUUUCCUGACUCAUAGCCAUGCCGAGAUGGCUACGCCUGCACUGGUCGUCAUCGGUGAAGAAGAUGGCAAGGUGCCUUUUUUGACCACCCGGGGCAGCGAGUGGCAUGCGGAUGCCUAUAACUAUAGCAAAGGACCGAAGUCCUUGCUCAGAGUUGUUGGAGGAGGACAUGGAUUGGGCGAUGUAUCUGGAUAUGAUACUGCUGAAGCCACGGAUGACGAAAGUCCGGAGCGACUGAGUAUGGUCCUUCGUCUUACUUGGGCUUAUCUUUGGAGUCAACUCUACCCUGAAGAUCAUGCGUGGUCUGCGGCUGUUGAUGCCUUGAAGCAAUUGCCACAUCUGGGAAAGGUUGAGAGCAAAUAG